AUGGAUAUCCUGACCUUGGUGACGUCAUUACUCGGACUAAUAUGCUUUUGCUCAGGUCCAGUGAAUGGUGGUAUGAGCGAUGACUAUGUCAGUACUGGUGAAGCGCCGUACAUCAUUGAGCAGCCGAUCGACGUUACAGUAGCGCGGCAUCAGCCUGCGACCCUCAACUGUCGAGCUGGAGGUUCACCACCUCCCACCAUACGAUGGUACAAGGGAGGCGUCCUUGUAGUAUCAGACACUCACAGAAGCUUGCUCCCAGCUGGAGGUCUGUUCUUCCUAAGGACCACUCAUGGCAGGGCACACUCAGAUGCAGGAGUUUACUGGUGUGAAGCCACCAAUCCUUACGGCACAGCUAGAAGCAGAAACGCCACGUUGCAUGUUGCCGUUCUUCGUGAAGAGUUCAGACUGGAACCGGUGUCGACUCAGUCGGCACAGGGAGAGACUGUGAUACUAGAAUGUUCUCCUCCUCGAGGUUCACCAGAACCAACGGUGUACUGGAAAAAGAAUGGACAGAUACUGCAUUUUGACGGCGAUUCCAGGAUGCAUUUAGUCGACGGUGGCAAUCUUGUAAUACAAGACGCCAGGCAAACCGACGCCGGCAGAUAUCAAUGUAUCGCCAGGAAUGCGGCGGGAACGAGGGAAUCAGCUGUAGCAAUGCUCAGAAUACACAUUAAGCCGUACUUAAUCACGGGCCCGGAGGACGUUGUGGCGCAGACUGGAGGCAGCGUCACAUUCCAAUGCCGAGUGGGAGGGGAUCCCCUUCCGGACGUGCUGUGGCGAAGGACCGCUGGAGGUGGAAAUAUGCCACUCGGCCGCGUCAAAGUUCUUGACGACAGGAGCCUGAGACUCGACAACGUUAUUCUAGGGGACGAGGGAGAGUACGCUUGUGAAGCAGACAAUUCUGUUGGCGCUGUGAGCGCUAGUGGAUACUUGACUGUAUACGAUCCUCCUUCAAUUACAUUGAAACCUAAUUCUGUAAAUAUUGAAACCGGAACAAUGGCCACAUUUACUUGUUCGGCCACGGGUAGACCCGAGCCGACCAUGUUCUGGAGUAUAGAAGGAAAUAGAACUAUAAUCUUCCCUGGCACAUCUAGAGGAAAAUAUCACGCUACAACAGUAUUAGACGGGGUGACUGUACUAACAAUCAACGAUACAAAUAAAAAUGAUAGUGGAAACACGAUAGUUUGUUCGGCGGUAAACUUUGCUGGCAGUUCGUUUGUCAGAGGGAAACUAACCGUGACGUCAGACGAUGACCGCCCACCGCCAAUCAUAACAAACGGGCCCUCUAACCAAACGUUACCUAUAAAAUCGAUGGCAGUUUUCCCCUGUACAGCGGUGGGCACACCUGAACCAAUCAUUGCAUGGUAUUUUGAAGGGGAAGCAUUAAUACAAAAUCAUAGAAGGAAUGUCACUAAUGACGGUACUCUCAUACUGAAGGAUUUGGACAAAAUAGACAGUGGCACUUAUACGUGCGUGGCUUCCUCCCAUCAUGGGAAAUACGUAUGGAGUGGGGUGUUGCUCGUCGAUAGCCCGAUAAAUCCUAACAUUCAUUUUUUUCGAGCCGCCGAUGUCUCGUCUCUGCCAGGGCCGCCUACGAAGCCGCUUAUACACAACGUGACAGAAACAAGUGUUACAAUAACGUGGAAUCAGAAUAACAAAAUCGGUUCUUCGUCCAUACUCGGUUAUCAAGUUGAAGUAUUUUCUAGAGAAACACUAUCAGGAAGUAGUACACCAAGGAAUUCUAGAGGCUGGGUAGUACUGGCGAGGCGAGUGUAUCAUACGCAAUUUGUAGCAAAGUCGUUAGUGCCUGGAGUUACUUACAUGUUUAUUGUUCGAACGGAAAAUUCCCAUGGGCUGUCUGGUCCUAGUCCGGUGUCCGAUGCGGUAACUGUUGGCGAUGAUGCAAGCUCUUUGUGGGAAUCUGGAGUUUUCUCGAAUAAUACUGAAUUCCGUAACAACAUUCUCACUGACAAUAUAGUGGAAUUAAUUGAAGCCACACCGAUUGACUCAAAAACUAUAAAACUCAUGUGGGAAAUACUGAACUUCUACUACUUGGAGGGCUUAUUCAUAUAUUUCAGACCCCAAGACAAUAUAAGGACCGAGUAUGAGAUGAAAACUAUUUUGCAUUCCAACGAUGUCUCCGGAUAUGAAAUAACGUCUUUGCGAAAAUACACAAAAUACGAGUUUUUCCUUAUACCGUUCUAUAAGAAAUUCGAGGGGAAGCCGUCGAAUUCAAGAGUGGCUCAAACUUUGGAUGAUGUUCCUGACGGUCCUCCAAUUAACAUUGAAAUGUUCAUUUUGAAUACUACGACGGUUCAUUUGAAAUGGUCUCCUCCAGAAGCGCAUUUACAAAAUGGAAUCAUUACUGGUUACAAUGUAUUGGUUAAUUGGCUGGACAUACCUGCGAACAAAUCCAUGGUGGCUAUCAACACAACUGUACAUCAAGCCACCAGCUUAAUUAUGACUAAUUUGACGUCCGGUGUCAGCUACUCGGUUCAAAUUGCGGCUGAAACUAUCGUGGGGCUCGGACCAUUCAGUCAAAAAGUAUAUUUAAAUAUCGAUUCUCGCUCCGUCGGACUCGAUCCUUUAUCCAGAUAUCCAAUAAACGGGGAGGUGUCUAUAGUAGCGGGGGAUUUUGUUAUGGAAACAUGGUUUUACUUUUUGAUUGGAGCGAUUGUUCUGUUCAAAAUAAUUGUGAUUGGCGGCAUUAUUUACGUUCGGAAGCACAACAUUUUCGCCAAAAAGUCAGCACUCCCUAAUAUUUACGAUUCCAACGGCACGAGCUUAGUGACUCAAAUGAACAUAAAAGCCGCAGUGUCUUUGUCACAUCCACUCAGUAGUUGUUACAAUAAGAACACUGUGACAAAGACUGAGUCACUGUUGUGGAUGGAGAAUCAGCCAGGAUUGUGUAUGUCCGGCACUCAAACCAGUCAGAGCAAAGAGAAAACUAACUCAGAGUACGACAAAGUUACUCACCAAUUACCUGAGUAUGCAGAAGUGACGUCUUCACGAGCAAAUGCAAAUGAAUGGAACACAAGUAAAACUGCCACUUCACCGGCGGCCUAUGCCUCGGUUACUUUGGUUGCCAAUACCAGGCAAUGUGUGAGUUCAUUGGGCUGGUUUCCUCCCACCGGGAAGAAUGUCGAUUCUUUCGAUAAUCGAUAUGCGCCUGAAGAGGAAAUGUAUCCAGCUAGCAACGGAGGGUACUAUAAUAGAAAUGUGUACAGCGAAAAAUAUUUCCAAGGUCAUCCAAACGUAUUGAAGUUUUACGACUUGCCUUCUCUAGAGAAAACUCAGAAAGCUCAGAUACGAUAUAAUCAGAGUUUGGACGAUCGAAAAGGGGACAAAAAUUCAAAGACUGACGCAACUCAAUCGCUAAUAGGUCGUACCUAUGGGAUUAGUUCUAGAAAGAAUUCUGAAACCGAAUCGACAUAUAGAGCUUUCGGUGAAGAUGAAACGGAUGAGGAGAAUUAUCCUGAAGAUGGUGGUUACGAUGAGUUGCAAGCGAUGCAGCCUCAGAGGCAGAGACCACAGCAUCAGUACGAGAGGCCUAACUUUGACAACGAUGCGACGCGGACGCUUGCCCGGCUGACGUCAUUCAGGCAGGGACAGGGUCUGUCUGGCAGUGCCAAGACGACCCUCGCCCCGACGCACCCCCCACCUGCGCCACACCCCCGGGUUGACUCUGUAACUCGGUAG